AUGGAAUACUGUUUUGAAGAAUCAACACCAAGUGCUGAUGAAAUUUUCGCUUCACAACAAUUGUUCGAAAUUUUAAAGACUUUCAAAGACACUUGUUUUAACGAAUUAUAUACUUACUAAACUCUCGAAUUCAAUGAUGAAUAUGACGAAAUGAUUAACGAAAGAGGCAGCAUUGAUAAAGAGAAUAUUGACGGUUAUGAGAAAAAUCAAUAAUUGGAUGUUCGAAAUAAUUUUACAUUAGAAGAGAUGGAAGAUAUAAUGGAAUGAGUUGAUCAACAUUCAAAUUAUAUAAUUGCAACUGUUAAGCAUAGGUUCCGAUAAGUCAAAUACAUGUAUUAUAUCCCAAAAUUUAGAGAAUAUAUUAAAACGAACGACACGAGAUUAGAAAAACUAAAAAAAAAUCAAAGACUUUAUGUGGCAUGAAUUUUAUUUGCAAAGAGCUAUUGAAAAAGAAGCAAUUCAUGAUAGCAAUCUAAAAUUUUGUGAAAUACCAACACCAAGAAAACUAAAUUGGAAUAAUUUCAAAACAAGUGAAGCCCUUCUUUUCGUGUUCAAAAGAGACCAUCGAAUUGCCUCCAGGUAGUACAACAAAUUUAUUACUCGAGUUUCUUCAGCCAGAAAAAUAGGUAGUUUCGAAAGGUAUGUAUAUUUGAGAUUACAAUCUAUUUAUCUUAAUGUGAUAUAUACGUAGCGCGUUCAAAAAGUAUCCGGACUGAUUUUAUUUAAAAACAAUAAGAAGCGCUGCUGUAUUUGUAUUAUUGUCUGUGCGUAGUUCAUAGAGUCUUCUAUCCAUAGACAUGAUAAACUCUGUUGAAUUAAACGUAUAUAUGAAAAUAUAGAAAUACAUUUGAGACCAUUGUUUAUACACUGACAGAAAAAUCAAAAAUUUUGAGCAUCGCU